AUGGGUUUCAAACUUGUAGCUCUCAGCACAUGGCUGCUGACAGUCAGGUACUUUCCCACCCGUUUCUUUCCGAUUAUCUCGUUCUCUUUUCAGCACCUUUUCGGUGGAGAAGAAGGCGAUCGGCGGAGGGUGCAUCGACCUCCUCUGCCCGAUCACCGCUGACACCCAUGGAAUCCGAAGUCUCGUCAACGAAGACACCCUCAAGACUGACGUCUGCACGGACUGCAGUCAGUGCACGGAGAACGGCUACAGUGUCUGUCUCCGUCAGAAGGAAUCCCGUGCUUCCCGGACUGUCGGAGCGUGCAGUUGUGCCCACCAACUAGCCGAGAACUGCCACACUGACCUCACUCAAACCCGUCAUCCCGCCAAUCUCACCAUGAAAACGUACCAAGCUUGCUACGCUGAUGGUCAGUUGUUCACGUAGGAACCGGUCUCAUUUCGCUCUUUCAGCCCUCCAACGUCCGCCACAACCUCUUGCUGUCAAUGAGAACUCUUCGGUUGUCGUGACGAUCGAGCCGUUCUGGCUGGAGCCGUACUGGAGACACCUCAAGAUCGAGAACGUCACACUUCACUACAAAUUCCAAGUGAAGGUGAUUUUUUCAUUCCAUGAAGAUGUUCAAAAUUGUCUCAUUUUAGGCACCAGAGCAUUGUGAAGGAGAAGUGGAAUCAACGGCAAGCGGAGCGCACACUUGCAUUGCUUCCGUGCUCGUGGACUUGUCCGAGAGCAAGGAAGAUCACCCACAGGGCAAGGACGACGACGAGUACGAUCACAGUGAUGUAAGUGAAGGGAAGAGAACCGAAAGUGAAAGUGUGGAUUACAGAACUAUGACCAGUACGACGAUGACUUGCCCCCGGAGGUCCAAUUCGACAGAGACGUGUUUUCGGGAGCCAAGGAGCUCGAGUCGUAUUACACUGUAAGUGAAACAGAUCAGAAACAGUCAGAUCAGAACAUUUCAAAUCUUGAAGGCCACAGUCCGUCGUACCCGCCAAAUCAAAGCUUCUGCUCCGAAAGGCCAUCAAAUUUACGAUGGAGAGUCUGUCAUUGAGUCGGACCACUUGAAGUUUGAUCUGAAACCAGAGGUGUACGGACUCGGGGAUUCGGAUAUUGUUGCCGCACCGCCAGUGGAAGAUGCCCUUCCAUUCACAACUGAAGAAUCGGCAACGACUGUUGUGAAGGAUGCUCUCGAUGACGGAGACGUCAGCGAGGAAACCGGAGGUACAAACUUCUUCGAGGAGGAAGAGAAGAAGGGAGAAGAGGAGAUGAAGAAGGAGGGCAGCGAGGAGAAGGACGAGGAUGGAGUUCUGAAGGUCAACCUGGAAGACAUCGAGCCGACGAAGCUGAAGUCGCAAGAAGAAGCCAAGAAGAAGGCUGAGGAGGAAGGAGACGAUGAGGAAGAGAAGGAAGACGAUGUGGAGACGACGACGUCGGAGACGGAAGACGAGGAGACAGACGAUGACGAGAAGGAGGAGAAGAAGGAAGAAGAUGAGAGUGACGAGGAGAAGAACAACAAAGAUGAAGGUUUCGUUGGAAACAGCACGAAUAUCGGAGAUGAUGAGUUCGAGAAGGAUUCGCAAGAAUCAAGCGAAGACGAUUUGGAAGAGAGCACAACUGUCGAGCUCGUGGAGGGCGACUCCGAAGCCCCGCAGAACUUCUGGGAUCGCUUCGUGACCAGCUUUGACUUCCCGCGAGUUCGCACCGUUUUCAUCGCUUCUCUCGGCUUCUUCAUCGGCUUUAUCUUCAUCAUCCUGUGCCUGUUCUACAGAAACAAGUAUUGUUGCUGCUGCAAGGUUAGUCGGCAAGCUUUUCCGUCGAGUGUGCAUUCUCGUUUUUUCAGACCAAGGAAUCGAAGACUGCGAACGGUUACCGUUACACGUCAGCGAACCAACCGCCGACGGAGCUGGUGAGUCGUGAGAAAGAGCAGCUGCGGCAGUAGAAUGGCCUUCUGUUCGCCCACCAUUCGUUCCGUCCGUCCACAACUAGCUCCGUUUCUCUUAAUGCUCUAAUACGGUUAUCUCUCCACCCCGCAUCUAACCACGUGCCAAUCCGAUUGACAUGACCCACUCCCCCUUGACUUCUUCCUUUCCUUUCCUCCCCCUCUCUGUCUCUCUUUUCUUCCAGAUUUCCCUUCCCAACUUUUUCGGUGACCGUGUGUGUGUGUGUCUGUUCCUUUUUUGUGUAUAAAUAUCUCAUUUAUUUUUUCCACAAAUUUAUUUUUUUGAGAAUAAAUUAAAUAAAUCUUUAUAUGGCAGUACUCUUCGCACGUGUCACCGGAAAAUAAGUCAACAACUAACUGAUUGCACAGAGGAAAAGCUCUCAACGGAGACCACUUUCAGAAGUCAGUUUCGCGUGCUCCGUCCGGAGUUGCUCCCGAAGAUCAACGUCUUCUGGCUGAAGGAGAAGCCAUCGAAAACUUCAAAAGUGUCGUCAAAAGCGGCACAACUUUCAAUCCGAACAAAGUAGAGCUAGGCAUUACUGUAGGUACGGUAAAGCGAAGAACGCAGACGAGUGCCGUAUGAACCGUAUUCUAGGAAUGGGAAAGUUCGGCCCGAUCUACAGAGCCAUGUUCAAUUCGUAUAAUGGAUCCGUCCAUGAUGUGAACGUGUAUUUAUUAAAAAGUGAGCAUUCGGAACUGCACAAAACGACGGAGAUUCAUUCAGAUAUCAACCGUCUUUCCGAUGAAGAGCUCCUUAAGCUCACAUCUCUUUUGAAAGCGAACAUCUCCGCCGGCGCUCACCAAAAUGUUGUUUCCCUUUGCGGAAUUUCUCAAACCGGACCAGGUGCAUUCUUUGGGACGACGCCUUCACUGAACAAUAUCAAUUUCAGACGUGAUGCUCAUGUGGGAGCCUCUCCACCAGUCCGUCCUCCGAGGUGUCCUGCGAGAGAGCCGUUGCGCUCGAUUCGGAACAGACCCAUUCAACAUGGCCAGUUUCCUGUCCUCCGAACGACUCGCCGCCAUCGCCAUCGGAUGCUGCAAUGGCGUCGAACAUCUUCUGAAGAGAAACGUCUUCCCGUCGCACCUUUCCACCUCGAACGUGCUUCUUGCCGAAAGAGGCAUUGUCAAGAUUGGAGGAUUCGGUCUUGCCGAACACCACGCCCUUGAUAUGACCACCGAAAGCGUAUGCGCAUCCGUUUUCAAUCCCUCCUCAAUUUUUUCAGGCUCCGACGAAGAUGCGCUGGAUGCCUCCAGAAUACUUCAAAAGGGAUCACAAGAUGAUUCACAAUGAACAGACGCUCAUUUGGCCGUUGGGAGUCACUCUCUGGGAGAUCUUCUCCCUCGGAGGCACUCCGUUCGCCUCUCUCCGGCAGGUUCAGACGUUUAUCGAUGCGAUGCGGGACGGAUCCGCUCAGUUGGAUCCAAUCACUUAUUGCGGAGAAGCCGUCACCCAACUGCUUGCCACGUGUACUUCUCAUGUUCCGGAAGCCAGAGGCGACAUCCGAACGAUCAUCAAACGACUCGAAUGCAUUUCCGCCGAUGCUAAAGUAGCCUCCUCCAUCAUCCCGCUUUCCUCAUUUUUAUUUUCAGACUCAGAUCAAUCUGUGCUACCGCGAAGACUUCCCUUACCUGCCGAUCGUGACCCAAUUGGAGCAGCAGGUCGAGUAAAUCGUUGCCUUUCUUUCUGCCGUUUCAUGCUCUCCUCCCCACUUCCCCGUUCUGACAAUUUGUUGAUUUUUCCGAGAAUAAAUAAGUCUUGCGUGUUUGUUGCGUAAGGUGUCUUCUGCUUCUUCUUCUUCUUCUUCUUCUUCUUCUGCCCAUUCCUGUCCUACCUAAAAAGCGGCCGUCGUCAUCGGCUUUGCCGGUUCUUCAGGUAUGCCAAAAGAUGCGCCACGCAAGAUAACUGAAAACUUGCAGAACACUUUUUUUUUGCACUUCGAUGCUUAUUGCGCAAGAAAUGAAUUUAAAAUUCAGAGACGGCAGUACCUCGUGUCAUUCUUGUUUUCGAAAAUCGCGUAAAAAGACGUUUGGAAACGGAAGAGAAGGUCUUUAUUGAAAUGUUUAGGGCAAAUUCUUUAUUACGGACACAAACGUGAUCUACGUGGCAUCUCAACAAUGUCUUCUUUUCGAUUCAGAUGAUCUCAACGUCUACAAUUCUGGAAGUAUAUCAUACUGUAUAUGUCUCCGAGCAUUACAGAGCAUAAGGUAAAUAUGGAUGACUCACUCACAAAUGUUCAUUGGAGAAGGGAAGAUUCUGAUACGGACGCAAGAAUCGGCAAGAAAUUGUGGAUCGGCAAUGUCGUCAUCGUCCUCUUUUCUGCCAAAUCUCGAUGGUCAAUCUGUCUGGGCCAUAGCCGACUCUCGCAUCCUGACUUCACUUCUUCUCCUCUCCUUCCAAACUCAUCUCAUUUUGCUCAACGCUUCUCUGUUUGUCCUUACCCAUUUGCAUUGUUCUUCAUCGCAAAAACCGCUACAAUUUGUGUCUAAAUAUUGCGUCGUCCUCCUCCUUCUCCGCCUCCUCCUUCUUUUCCUCAGCGCCGCCGUCGUCUUCAUCCGCGCGGCCUCACCGCCUGCUGCCGCGCCUCUCCGCUAUCGGCCAAACCGAUCGGAUUCUCAGGGUGGAGUCGGUCUACUCGUCCGCUCUUCUCUCAUCCUCCCCGUUUUGCCCUUCUUUAAGCUUUGCGAUCUGCCAGUAUUACACUCGUCUCUGGUUUCUGCUUCAAUGUUGUUCCGUUCUUCAGCUGACAACCCAACCAGUCACCGACCGUCUUCUUUCUCUUCCGUUCUCGCCUCCAAGUCAUGAUACUCUGAUACCGAAAAACGAUGAUAUGCGUUCACACUCAAAAGAAAUGGAGAGAACGUUUGAAGGUAACCACUGGAUCCAGAACACAAUCCUCUCCGCUUUCUCUCCGAAAGUUUUCGACGCCGUCAGAGUAAAAUAUUAGGGCCGAUUCAAAUCGUCGACCCGAUCGAACGGUGAUUUAUUGCGAACAUUCUUUCGACGGCCACACUUUUCCAUUUACUUUUCCCUGUAUUUACUUCUAGAAAAUACUCCCCGAAAUGCUGGAUCUGUUUGGAAACUACCCCUCUAAGCCCGCCUCGUCUCCCGAGAAUACCCGGCUUCUCUGUGAACGCACCACACCCGAACACUUGCAGAAGAACAUCCGGAGUCUGCGAUCCGUGCGUCUUUGUGCCGAUGAGUACCGAUUCAGUGCCGUCAUUGUGUUCGCCAUCGUCUUUCUUGGCGGCUACUUCCUCUAUCAGGUGCAGUACAAGACUGGCAUCGACAUUAUUCCUUUGUUUCCCAUCGAUGAUUCUGGAUUCGAGUCAGUUUUCCUCCACUGCUUCCCUUUCUUAUCAAUCCAUUUCAGAAAGUACAAUGAGCAUCUUCUCAAAUCAGUCAAAAUGUCGGAGAGUGCGAAGAAUCAGCCGAAGAGCGGGAGUCUUCUCUGCUGGGCAAUGACGACGUCCAUCUACCACAAGACACGAGUGAGUCCCUUCCGUUCCCCUCCCCAAGGCCUUCAUCUGUGCUUCAGGUGCCUGCCAUUGCAGAAACAUGGCUUCGUCGUUGCGAUGCCGGCCAUCUCUUCACCAAUUCCGAUAGGUUCCUCAACGUCUCCACUCCCUACCACACAGUGUUUGACGGACUGCCCGAGAGUUACUACAAACUGUUCUGGAAGACGCGUCUCGCUCUCCUCUACAUCUACAAUUACGUCUCGAACGAUUUCGACUGGUGAGUGCUCCCCAACGUGAGCGUUCAGAUCAUAUCGGUCGCAUGUUGCAGGUACUUCAAAGGCGACGACGACACUUAUUUGAUCGUCGAAAACCUGCAGAGAUAUCUCGCGACGCUGGAUCCGAAGAAGCCGUACUUUAUCGGAUACCGACUGAGUAGACGGACGGUAAGCAAUCGGAGCGUCCAUCUUGACGACCUCGAUGGAAAUGACGGAAACGUUUUUUAUAGGAAACGGGAUACAAUGCGGGCGGAAGUGGUUACGUUAUGAGUCGAGAGGCGAUGCGGAUAUUUGCAGAGAAGCUGUUCAACGACAAAGACAGAUGUCCGUAUCACGAGUGGGAAGACUUUGCGAUUGCACAGUGAGUCUUGGGAAAGAAUUGAACGGAGCAAGGGAACCGGAUCGUUGCAGAUGUCUCGCUUCCGUCGGCAUCGUUCCCCUCGACAGUCGUGACGAAAAAGGACGUCAGAGAUUCCUUCCGUGGAGACCUGAACAGCAUUUUUACGCCGAUCUGACGAGGUCUUUCCAAAUGGAUCCUAUCCAGAUCUGGGUAUUUCUCUAUCUUUCUUCAUAACUCUCUUUGAAUGAAACGUUCAGGGCCCGGCAAUUUACCACGAGAAUCUGAUCAGCAUGCACCAUUUGUACCCCGACGAGAUCCGACUCAUUGACGGAUUGCUCUACUCGAUCGCCCGUGGCAUCUGGAAACAGGACGACCUGACCGACGUGCGGAACGAGACGACGACUCUCGCCACGUCGAUGGACGACACACUUCCUCCUCCGACUAUUUAG